UAUUGCCUGCUUGCUUGCUUUCCCCUUCAUUGAACCGCGGGGCUCGUAUGAUGUCCAAGAAUGUCCAUUUCUGGAACUCUUAGCAAUUAUUAUGUCGACUCCAUUAUAAGUCAUGACAGCGAAGACUCUCCUGCCGCCAAAUUCUCUUCCGGGCAGUAUUCAAACUCCAGGCCAACUAGCCACAGUGAGCACCUCGAGUUCCCCUCUUGUAGUUUCCAGCCCAAAUCCUCCGUUUUCAGCGCUUCCUGGACGCCUCUGACGCCACACACAGCCGCAACCCUUCCUUCGGUCUACCAUCCCUACAUCCAGCAUCAAAACAUCCCUACCUCCGAUAGCAGGUAUCUACGGAGCUGGCUGGACCCAGUGCCCAGAACAGAAAACAUAGCUGGGCAGGGACCAGUUAAAACAGAGCCGCUGCUGGGACACCCCGGGGAGAUCCGUAAACAGGGGACACAGGAGUACCAUUUAGAAACUUCUGCUGGAAGGGAAGGGAUCGCUUCCAAUCAAAGGCCCAGCUUCGAGGACAAUAAAGUUUGUGAAGGAAGCGAGGACAAAAGCAGGCCAGAUCAAACCCCGGGAUUGAAGAUAGAUAAAAAUCUUGCCCAAGAAAACCGCUCGAUUCCAGAGGACCAGGGUGCCAAUGGGCGUCCUGUGCAUUCUAGCUUAGAAGGUAACCCGGCAGCCAACUGGUUGCAUGCUCGCUCCUCCAGGAAGAAACGAUGCCCCUACACCAAGUACCAGACCUUGGAACUGGAGAAGGAGUUUCUAUUCAAUAUGUACCUCACCAGGGACCGUAGACACGAAGUGGCCAGGCUCCUCAACCUGAGCGAAAGACAAGUCAAAAUCUGGUUUCAGAAUCGAAGGAUGAAGAUGAAGAAAAUGAACAAGGAGCAGGGCAAAGAAUGAUGAUUCCCUGUCCUUCCCUCCCACCCACCCAACCCAGCCUGUUCUCUCCCCCAGUUUUGGCCCCGACUCGAAACUGAUGUUGUAUUUAUGGGCAAUGACUUCUCCAGUGGUGCUUGAGAUGGCAACAAAAUCGAGCCAAACCAGAAACAGAUCGCUUGCUUUGCUCACAAGGAGAGCACAUGACGAUUGCACCUGUUUGUUUCCAUUGGGGCUUUUUCACUUUUUAAAGAUAUUGGCGAGGUAACACGAAUUUGGGGUACUUUUUGUUUU